AUUGCAGAUUAAGCUCUAGGAGAUGUCUGCAUUCCCUGUAGUUGCUGGCUAUAAUGAACAUGUAAGCUUAAACGUGGGUCGGCAGCGGGAGUAUUGUUAAAGAGGCAAUUAUUCACAUCCUUCGGCAAUUUCGCCAUGCCACUGCUGUGGUAUCAUAGCAACAACAGCCGAGAUGUAGGGUAACAUCAGCAAUACCCCCAUCACCCCCGGCUGGCAGCAGCAUAACGGCUCGGCGCGCUGACCUGUGACAGACGCUCCGGGAGGAGAGAGCGGGCGGGCGCGCGAAUGCAUGCGGAGACGCUCCAGCGCGGAGAUGCUGCACCUUCACCGGAAACUAUGAAGAAAAUGUUUCAACACCAAAAGGACUAAUAUGGACUAAAGUGCUGUUUUUUCCCAUCGUGGACUGACUUGCCUCUGCUGGAACAGCGGAAGUUUAUCUUUUAUAUUUUCGUCAAACCCAGGAAUGACUGUUUUCUCUUCAGCGAUAGUUUCUGUUUUAUACCGUGGAUGAUUGACAGCUCCACCAUCCAAUCCCAACCAUGAUAGCGACAGGCGGUCUGCUGCGCAUCUCGUCUAGGCGCCAGGACUCGCUCCGCUCCAAAAACCGGGCGGAGAACAAGCGGAAGAGGAAAACCAGGAGACGGAGGAAGAACGACGUGGUGGUGGUGAAGGGCAAGCUGCAGCUGUGCUCCAUAUCCGGGCUGGUGGCUGCUGUGGGGGUGACGGUUAUGUUGGUGGGGGUAGCCAUGGCUGUGCUGGGCUACUGGCCGAGGGAGAGUCCAGCCUACCCCGUGGGAGGAACCCACCUUGAGCAGCCUCUGCCCGGACGAGCCAACUGGACGAGCGGCAGUAAGACGUCAUACCAGGUAGAUAGCACCAACGUCGGCCAUGGGAACGGCACUGUGAGCCAGACUGAGCCUCCCUUGGGCUUCCUUGCUGAAUUCCUGGACAGUUACCUGUAUUCCGACAAGUUGAAGGUGUUUGGCCCCCUGACCAUGGGAAUUGGCAUCUUCCUCUUCAUCUGUGCCAAUGCCGUCCUACAUGAGAACAGAGACAGAAAGACUAAGAUCAUCAACCUUAGGGACAUCUAUUCCACUGUCAUCGACAUCCACAGUUUAAGGACCAAAGAUUGCAGUCCUCUCAAUGGCUUUGUCAACUAUGUGCAGUCUAGGAGUAUAGACGGUAAGUCAGGUCCCUCUUACAGUGCCGCUGUGCUUGCCAGGAGCUCGUGGCCCUCUACCGUGUCUGGCAAGCAGCAGGAGAAGGGGGAAAAUGGCCAGUCGAGACAGCAGUCCUUCACGAGGCAGUGUGGCAUGUCUCAGGAGAGGCAGACUUUCACCGAUACGGUCUAUAGCAUAUACCGGGACCAGAACAGGACCUCUGAAAGGGUCCCAGUGCCUAAACAAUGGGAGACCAGGUCCAUCGUCACCUCUUCCGUGAACGCUUUUACUCUUCCCGUCAUCAAACUGAACAACUGCGUACUGGAAGAGAGUAGGCGGUUGGAGGAGACCAGUGCCGGGAGGGACUCCCAAGACUCAGAGGACCAGGCCAGCUGCAACCAUGCUUCCCCUAUAGCCUCCAGGGCCAUGGAAACCAAAGGCGAGGCGCCAACGGACUCAGUGGACACAGUUGGCCCGCAGGGGCCAUCAUGGGCUUCCCAGCAGGGCUUGCAGAGCCAGCUCCUCCCUCCAUUCCCUGGGCAAAGGCUGACAGGGUCACACCUAUCCCUCAGCGCCCUCCCGGAUUACCCCACUUCUGCCGAGCUAGGAGAUUCCUCGAGAGCGGCAGGUGGCGGGCGCGGGGAGUGGACAAGGCGCCUCAGCUGUCCCCGCCUGGAGCGCUCCAACAGCAAGGGCUACAUCAAACUCGGGGACUUGAUGGGGGAGUCCUUCGAGACUCCCGACGCAGUCGACUCGGGUAGCGGGCUCACUCAGGGACGGGGCCACCCGUCUGUGGGUGACUCACAGGAGAUUCGCCAGGCCGCCUCCCAGAGCGCAAUGCCAGAGCAAUACUCCAGCAAGGAAAAGCUCUUGGCGCUUGGCCAACCGCGGGCUGCUGCGGUUGACACAGGCCUCAAGGGCGACAGUAUUUGAAGCGUCUUCUGACAACCUCUAUUGCACAAAGUUUGGGGAAGGACAAGCGACGUUGUAUGAAUGAUUCAUGGCCACGUUAAUUGACAGCAUAAAUGAGUAGUGUGUCUAAUUCUUGAUUAAAUGUCUGUAAUUAUAAGUCUAAGUACAGCCCAUUAAUGUUUUAUUAGGAAUUUAUAUAUGCAGUUUGCUAAGUUCUGACCCCCCUCUGGCAAUUGCCAGUAGGGAAAUGGCUGACAGGUAGAAGUCACAACCCAAAGACUCUCAGUGCAGGCGGGGCAGGCGACUCGGAGCAGAACAAAAUCACAAACAAUGUCGUACUGUUAAAUUGUGAUACCGUAAUAUGUCUUAUUAGAUUAUACAUUAGAAAUGUAGUAUAUAAUCGCUUAUCAGUUCAGGGGUUUGAUGCAAUCAAGGUAAUAGCAAGAUAAGCCAGAUGAUACAUCCAUACUUUAUUACACUUUGAGCGGAUUUUAUAUUUCAUUGUAUUUCAGCACUUUGGUUGAGUCCAUAUAGAAUCUGCUAUGUCACAAAUUAUAUUUUUUCAAUGUGUCACAAGUGUUUAUUUUUACUGACCGUGAUGCUGAUUUGAAAUCAAUGCCAUCUGUUUUGUGUAAUAAAGACAAGUUGUCUCUUAGUCUCACCUCAAAUUCAACAUAUUUCUUUCAUUAUGUUAUUAUUAGGGUUUAUCCCAGCUGCCAGGCCUACAUAUUAUGAUUUUGGUUAACCUAAUGUUGUCUGCAUCACCACUGGAUUU